AUGUCGUUGAAUAUGCCACCCCACUUUGAUGGGAACAAUUAUGCGUAUUGGAAGGUUAGAAUGAGGGCGUUUUUGAAAUCCUUAGAUGAGCGUGUUUGGCAAAUUGUGGUAAAUGGUUGGUCAACCCCUAAUAUCACAAUAGACGGUAUAAUCACUUUCACCCCUAUUGUGAACUGGUCUAGAGCUCCAUUGGAUAGCUGUAAUUUAAAUAGUAAAGCCCUCCAUGCCCUAUUUAUGGCAGUGUCCCCCGAGGAGUUUAGGAGAGUGUCCAUGUGUGAGGUAGCAAAGGAAGUUUGGGAUAUUUUAGAAACCACACAUGAGGGAACUCAGGCAGUUAAGAGUUUUAAGCUGCAGAUGUUGACCACUAGGUUUGAAGAGAUAAGAAUGAAAGAUGAUGAGAUGUUUGAUGUCUUUUAUGCGAGUUUAGAUGACAUAGUAAAUUCGUCCUUCAACCUAGGUGAGAAAAUCCCUAGGCCUAAGUUAGUGAGAAAGAUUCUUAGAUCCUUACUUGAGUGUUUUAGGCCUAAAGUCACGGCAAUUGAGGAGAGUAAGGACAUAGACACUAUCAAGGUAAAGGAAAAAAAGCCUCAAGAGAGACAAAGAGGUACUUCGAGUGAAUCUAGGAAGAAAUCUAAAUCCGUGAGAUGCCAUAACUGUCGCAGUUUCGGUCAUGUGAGGAAUAAGUGCCCUAGUGCUAAGAGAUUUGAAGAGAAGGCUAUGAAUAAUACUCUCACUGAUGACGAGUUUAGCUCGGAAAAUCAGAGUGAGAAAUCCAUCCGUGAGGAGAGUGGAAAAUAUGUGGCCUUCGUUGCUAAGGGUAAAAGUGGAUCCGAUCAGGGGAGUGAAAGGAUAGAGGACUUAGAUAAUAGUGAAAAUUCUAGUGAUGAGAGUGGAAGAUCUAGAAACAGCCUAUGA